UCUGGUGACAGAGGAGAGCAGCUGAUGAAGAAAACCUCUCAGUUUGUUCUGGCUUCUCUCUGAGAGGAAGAGGAUGAUGAUGAUGAUGAUGAUGAUGAUGGUCCUCCUGCUCGUUUCCCAGCAUGCCCUGUGUGGGGUGGUAGAGGUCACCGUGGGGUCGCAGUCUGUCCUGCUGCCCUGUCAUUACUCUGGCAUCGUACCUGAAGAGCCCGUCGUCACCUGGACCACUGGGGACGUGGGUCCCACCUGUGUCCACCUGAGACGGGAGCAGGACGACCUGAGGACGCAGCAUGAGCGGUACCGGGGCCGGACGCGCAUGGCGCCCGGGGCGCUGGACUCUGGCGACUUCAGCUUGACCCUGAGUGACCCCCGAUCCGCCGACCAAGGUACCUACACCUGCAGCCUGAGCGACGGGAGAGAACGCCGCACACUCAGGGUCAGUCAGCUCAGGGUCAGAGACGACCAGGUGGAGGUGAAGACGGUGGAAGGAGCCGAUUCUGUGGUCCUGCCCUGCAGAAUGCCGCCCGAUCUGCCCGGCGACAGCAGAGUGGAGUGGACCCGCUCAGAACCAGAACCUCUGCUGGUCCACGCGCUCCAGAACACGAGCCGACCCGGAACCAGGCAGGAUGACCUUUACUGCAGCCGCACCCACAUGAAGCAGGACCUGCUGCGGACCGGCGACCUCAGCCUGACCCUGAGGUUCCCCACCGCCAGGGACAGGGGGCGCUACGUCUGCACCGUGUACCGCGGUGAGGACGUCCUGAGCCGGGCUGUGGUACUGCAGCACGUCACAGAACAGUUUCCCCUGCAGGCUAAAGUUCUGCUGGUUCUCCCGGUUCUCCUGCUCGCUGCUCUCUUUGCCUCUGGCGCUCUUCUCUAUUAUUUUCGACACUACAUCCUGUCAGUCUACACGGUGAAGGUGGAUGCAGGGGCGGAGUCUGUCCUGCUGCCCUGCAAAUCCAGAGUCCGUCUGCCCGAAGACGCCAAAGUGGACUGGAGGACCAGCACCAACCUGAAGGUUCAUGUGUAUCUACAGGGUUGUGAUCGGUCGGAGGAGCAGCACCGGGCUUACCGCAACCGGACCCGGAUAAACCAAGACCCGCUGAAAACCGGGGACCUCAGUCUGAUGCUGCAGCGCCCCCUAGAUGUGGACAGAGACACCUACACCUGCAUUGUCUGCAGCGGAGAGGGACACAUCCUGCUGAAGAAGGAUGUGAAGCUUCGUGUCAGAGUCCCACAGGUGGAGGUGGAAUCAGGGGAGGAGUCUGUCCUGCUGCCCUGCAGAACCGCAGAGGGUCUGGAUGGAGACGUUAAGGUGGAGUGGAAGGACAGAUUUAACUGGACGGUCCAUGUGUAUCAGGACGGUUCUGAUCAGCCUGCAGAUCAACACUGGCUCUACAGAACCAGAACCAAGAUGGAUGAAAACCCGCUGAGGACUGGAGAGCUCAGUCUGACUCUCAGAUGGCCCACUGAUGGAGACAGUAACACCUUCACCUGCAGCGCCUCCAACAGGAAGGGAGACGUCCUGAUGGAGAAACAAGUGAAGCUGCAGGUCACUGUCCCACAGGUGGAGGUGGAACCAGGGGCGGAGUCUGUCCUGCUGCCCUGCAGAACCAGAAAGAACCUGCCUGGAGAUGUUAGAGUGAAGUGGAAGGACGGAGAUGACAAGACGGUCCAUGUGUAUCAGAACGGUUCUGAUCAGCCUGGAGAACAGAACAGAUCCUACAGAACCAGAACCAAGAUGGAGGAAGAUCCACUGAGAACUGGAGACCUCAGUCUGACUCUGAGACGACCCACUGACGAAGACAGCAACACCUACACCUGCAGCGUCUCCAAAGGGGACGGAGACAUCCUGAUGAAGAAACAAGUAAAGCUCCAGGUCAAAGUCUGUCAGGUGGAGGUGAAGGAGGGGGCGGAGUCUGUCCUGCUGCCGUUCAGAACAACACCUGACCUGCCUGGAGACGCUACAGUGGUGUGGGGACGUAUUGAUCCAGAGCCAAAAAUGAUCGUUCACAUGUACUACAGCAGUUCUGAUCAGCCUGAUGACCAGGAUGAGUAUUUUAGUACCAGAACCAAGAUGGCUGACAACCUGCUGACAUCUGGAGACCUCAGUCUGACUCUGAGGCGUCCCACAGUGAGAGACAGUGGACAGUAUGAAUCCUGUAUGGAGAGUAGGCAGAUCUGGAGAAAGAAAAAGGUUCUGCUUAAAGUCAAAGGGACUGUCCCGGUCCAGGACCAGCUGGAGGACAUCAGGACCAGACGUGGUUCUGGUGAUCCGACUCCUCUCAUGACUGAAAAAGCUGUCUGAUCGACAUAUUGAUCAUUGACUGUAAAUCCAUCUGACUUUGGAUCAGAGUGAAAUCUCAGGAUCUGGCAGGAUGAAAACUAUUUUUAUUUGCUCAGUCUUAGUGGGCAUCGGCACCAGGUUGGUGAGGUGUGACCGCUAAUUGACCUCUGACCUCUGGUCCUUCAAACCUCGGUCUGGAUUUGGUUGAAGUGAACUCUGGUUCGGUUUGAAUGUGAACUCCAA